AGAGAGCAGGAGGAGGAGGAGGAAGAGGAGGAGGGGAAGAGAUAAGUGAUCUAAAGGGGAGACGAUAGGACAAAAAAAAAGUGAUGAUGAUGAAUACAUUGGAAAGUUUUUUGGCCCCGGCGAGGGUGUCAGAUUGAAUGGCCUGUGCGCAUGUGCGAAGGUAUCACAACUGACAAUGCUGGUGAGAUGAAGAUAGUGUUGUUGCUGCUUCUGGGCUCACGGAGGACGACGAGAGGAAUCUACAAGCCGACAAGAUGAGAUCCAAGGCGAGGGCGAGAAAACUGGCCAAAAAUGACAGUGAGCCAGUGGACAGCAUGUACGACACAGAGGCUGAUCUGCCAGGUUUAGCGGCCGGCAGCGGAGGUGGCGCCGACAGCCCAGAAGACGACGCAGAAGACGGCAUCAUCAACAUGUCCCCCUUGCCCUCACCGACUCCCUCCCAUCCAAACAGCAACCACCACCACCUGCUACACUCCCAUAUCUAUGCCUCCCACCACCACCAUCUCCACAACAAUAGCAGCAGCAGCAAUGACCAGGACUUCACCACACCCAAGGAGGGCUCGCCCUAUGAGGCGCCUGUCUACAUUCCUGAUGACAUUCCCAUUCCCAGUGAACUGGAGCUGCGGGAGUCCUCUGUGCCCGGUGCAGGUCUGGGUGUAUGGGCAAAGACCCGCAUAGGUGCUGGUGAGAGGUUUGGUCUGCACAGCACAAAGCAUCAUGUGGCCACAGGCAAAGACAGUUCCUUUGGAUGGGAGAUGAUGAAUGACCAUGAGGAUGACUCCCCUGAUAGCUGCAUCAAAAAGGUGGUGGACGACAUGGGCAACGUGAAGUUUGCACUGGACACGGGACCAGAUGCCGCCGGCAACAGCUGGCUCAAAUACGUCCGCUCUGCACCGUCAUUUGAGGAGCAGAACCUCGCCGCCUGUCAUCUCACAGGAGACCAGAUUUAUUAUAAAGCUGUCCGGGACAUUGAAACAGGGGAGGAGCUCUUAGUGUAUAUGAAGGACGGUAUUUUCCCUGAGGGAUCCAUGGCACCCAACCUACAAGACGAGCAGAUGUACCGCUGUGAAGACUGUGAUGAGCUGUUCUCUUCAACACUUGAGCUGCGGCGGCAUCAGAAGUAUUCGUGCUCCAGUGCUGGCUCCAUCUUUGACACACUGAGAGACGACUUCAAACAGGAACGUGAGGACAGCGACGAUCCUGUCCAUGAGUGUAAAGACUGUGAGAAGAUCUUUCCCAAUGAGUACAGUCUGGGACAACACAUGAUAGUUCACACAGAAGAGAGGGAGUACAAGUGCGACCAGUGCCCCAAAGCCUUCAACUGGAAGUCCAACCUCAUCCGUCACCAGAUGUCACAUGACAGUGGCAAGCGCUUUGAGUGUGAAAACUGUGAUAAGGUGUUCACAGAUCCCAGUAACCUUCAGCGUCACAUCCGCUCUCAGCACGUGGGGGCCCGCGCUCACACAUGCCCUGAAUGUGGCAAGACCUUUGCCACCUCGUCAGGCCUCAAGCAGCAUAAGCACAUCCACAGUAGUGUCAAACCCUUUAGCUGCGAGGUGUGCCACAAAUCCUACACCCAGUUCUCCAACCUCUGUCGCCACAAGCGUAUGCAUGCUGACUGCCGCACCCAGAUCAAGUGUAAAGACUGUGGGCAGUUGUUCAGCACUACCUCCUCCCUCAACAAGCACCGUCGCUUCUGUGAGGGCAAAAACCAUUAUGGCUCUCCAGCAGGGAUGUUCAAUCCUGGCAUCCCCAUGAGCUCCAGCCCCCAUCAUGGCAGGCUAAGUCCCCACCAUCCCCACCUUUCUGGUCUAAACCAGUCAGGUUUAGGCUUCACUGACUACUUUCCUUCCCGACCUCAUCCUCAUGCUGGCUUGCCCUUUUCCCCAGGACCCCACGGCUUCCCAUCCCUCCCACAUGGUUUCCCAGGUAUUUUUCCCCCAUCGCUAUAUCCACGACCUCCUUUAUUACCGGCCAGUCCACUGAUAAAGAGCCCGCUGAGCAGCAGCAGUCAGGAGGUGAAGCUCCCUCAGAGUCCUCUAGAUGCUCCUCCAUUGUCUCUAGUUAGUUCCACAAAUGGCAAUGGCAUUAACAGUUUGAGUCAGCAUGAAGACAAAGAGAAGGAGAAUAAACUGGAUUUGUCUUCUAGUGGAGAAGCCAAACCAAAAUCAAAGAUGGCAGAUAUGUCUGACGGUAGUGACCUUGAAGAUGUCAAUACCACAAGUGGGACAGAUUUGGACACCACCACAGGUACUGCUUCAGGGGACGGCUCUGACCUGGAAAGUGAUGGAGAGAGUGAGCGUGAGAGAAGUGGUAAAAGAAGGAAGCCGUCUGGCACUGUAUCAAGCCAAGAGGCACACCAGUUAGAAGACACAAACCGUGCAUUGAUAUCAGCCAUGUCUAGUUCAGGGAACCUGUCGAUUGAUCGUCCGUUUCUUGCUUCUGCAUCGCAGCACUCCUUCUUCCCCCCACCCGAUGAGCAAGCCCUCCCGCCCACAACCACCACAAAUUCUAAUGCAGCCACCACUGAUUCCAUAAAAGCCAUCGCUUCUAUUGCAGAGAAAUAUUUUGGUCCAGGUUUGAUUGGACUUCAUCAGGAGAAAAAGAUGGGUCCACUGCCCUAUCAUUCCAUGUUUCCCUUCCAGUUCCUGCCCAACUUCCACAACUCCCUCUACCCCUUUAGCGCUGAUCGAGGUGCUCUCAAUCCUAGCAUGUUUUUUAAAGCAGAGCCCAAGUCGCCACGUGAGCAACUGCACAAGAUGGUUUCUAGUUCCCCGGCAGCUCCUGCUCCCACAGUAGAAUCACCGUUCGAUCUCACCACGAAACCCAAGGAGGCCAAGAUAGCUCCUUUAACACCAACAAACACCUCAAACCCCAACAAUAGUACUGGGAGCAGUAGUGGACAUUUAGCAAUAUCUAGCAGUGAAGAACAGCCAUUGGACCUCAGCAUUGGCAGCCGGAGCCGAGGGAGUCAUAAUGGUGUACCAGCUGAGCCACAUAAUCGAAAGAACCACAUCUAUGGAGGUGGAAAAGGGGUCUCAAUCAAGGAUGAAACUCCAUCUGGUUUUCCACACCCUCAUUCACAGUCUUUGCACCAAUCAACCAUCACCCAGCACCAGCAGCCCCAGGCACAGCCACACCAGCCACCACCACUGCACUAUGCCAAGCCCUCAGCAUUCUUCAUGGACCCCAUAUACAGGGUGGAGAAGAGGAAGCUACUCGACCCGGUAGGAGCUCUGAAGGACAAGUUCCUCCGGCCCUCGCCGUCACUCUUCCAUCCCCAGAUGUCAGCAAUGGAGAACAUGACAGAUAAGCUGGACGGCUUUGGAGCACUAAAACUGGACGCACCGCCCAAUUCGCUGCAACACUCAGCCCAUCCACUGUUCAACUUCCGCUCGCCACCACCUUCCCUCUCAGACGCCAUCCUUCGCAAGGGAAAGGAACGCUACGCGUGCAGGUACUGUGGGAAAAUCUUCCCUCGCUCAGCAAAUCUCACCAGACAUUUGCGGACACACACAGGGGAGCAGCCCUACAGGUGUAAAUACUGUGACCGCUCAUUCAGCAUCUCAUCCAAUCUUCAACGCCAUGUCCGCAAUAUCCAUAACAAGGAGAAACCCUUCAAGUGUCACCUGUGCAACCGCUGCUUUGGUCAGCAAACCAACCUCGAUCGCCAUCUCAAGAAGCACGAGCACGAGAACAUUCCUGUGAGCCAACAGUCUGGGAUGCUUUCCAACUUAGGAACGACCAUCUCCUCGCCAAACUCAGAGCCAGAAAAUCAUGCACUUUUAGAUGAGAAGGAGGACUCGUACUUCUCAGAAAUCCGCAACUUCAUUUCCAACAGUGAGAUGAACCAGGCCUCCAGCUCCACGGAUAAGAGAUCAGACCAGCCUGAGGAGGAGCACCCUCCCAGCCACAGUUUGUCCAACUCCAAGCUAGGUCUCCAGGGUCUGGAGGAAGAGGAAGAGGAAGUGGAGGGUGACGAUGAAGAGGAGGAGGAAGGCAGCCUGACGGAGAAGUCGCACGACGAGGCGCCCGAGUCCCCGUCUCCUGUUACAACAGGAGUGUAUGAGGAGGAUGAGGAAGAGGAAGAGGCAGAGGCGGCCCCAUUAGCGAUGAGCUAUGAACACACUCGCAGGUGUAUAGAGGAGGAGGGCUCUCUCUUGGACCUGGAGGCACUGCCCAACUUUCCCAAGAGCUUGGAUGGUUUACGUAAAGCAGCCAGUGACGAGCAGCCUUUCGAUGUUAAAGACAUUUUUAACACUUCACUAGAAUCUGAGGCAUUGAAAGAGACAUUGUACAGACAGGCUAAAACCCAGGCUUAUGCAAUGAUGCUGUCUCUCUCUGAGAACAACCCUUUGCACGCGCCCUCCCAGAACUCUCUGGACGCUUGGCUGAGCAUGGGAGGUGGACCGUCUGAGACGAGCAGCUUUCACCCACUCAACCACAUCUAAGCGAGAUAGCGAGAGAGAGAGAAAAGGUGGGAGGAAGAGUAGGAGGAGGAACAUUAGUUUCACAAAAUGGAUAGAGACUGAGUGGACAUGAGUGGGGGCAAGACAAAGGAGGAUGGAGAAGAUUUCAUUGUCAUAUACAUUCAAGAUAGAAAGAAUGAGUUUGUGUGGAUGUGUGUGCUUGUUUUGUGUGUGUCUGUGUGUGAGUGUUUGUUAAAGAAAGAAGGGGAAGAUUUUCCCCCAGGUGAAGGGUCUUGCAAAGACUGUCAAAGCGAACGCACUGCUAAGCUCCUGUUGAUGUGAAGGACAUGAUGAAUGCUUCUCAAUAGCAUUGAAACUCUGCAUUACUCUGAUCCUCCCCAAGUGCACAAGGCUUACCGCAGCAUCACAGAGACCCUGCGUAAGGCUCUCAUAAAGACUCUUAAUGACUGAUAUGUCUCUAAAGUCUGUAUACACCGCCUACUACAAACACUGCAGCGACAUGCUGCAUUGGCACUGCAUGUCCACAAGGUGGCACUGUUUCACCAAGAAUAGAGUGAGAGUGUUGACCGUCGUCUCCAUGUUUCCCCCAACAACCAUGGGUGACUCAUUUACUGAUUUUGUUUCAGUUGUAACAGCAGAAUCAACAAUAGCGCCACACUAAAUGUUACUUAAGGAAUUGGCAGAUACAAUAGACUGUUGAUUUUUUUUAAAAAAGAAAUUUAUUCUAUGUUCAAAUGUGCUUUCAAUGAGUUAUCUGGGCCACUAGCCAUUGUAAUUGGUUAUUCAAACUUGAUCAUGCUGAAAAUGGAUUUAAAUCAUGUUCAGAAAAAAAAAAUGAGGAAAGUCUUUCUCUGCUUGUUUCAUUGUCAUUUGUUAAUUUUAUUCACAUUAAUUUUCCUUUCCUCUUACACAGUAUUGUUUCUUUGUAGGCACCGCAGUGCUUAAUUGUUAAUAUAAUUAAUUUAGAGAAGGACCAAAACUGUAUGAUAUGUCAUAUGAUGUACAAAUUAACCUAGAUGUUCAUAGGAAGAGUGGUAUGUGCCAAAUAACCCAUAGAAAAUGUUUUGUUCUCUGACAAUCAUUUCAUUUCCAAGGGGCUUGCAUUUGCUGUCAUAGUUUGUUUUGUUGUUUUUUUUCUUACUAAGCGCUUAUAUAUUUGAUUUCAGAAGUGUGUGUUUGUAUUUAUUUUUGGUUGUUUUGUCAUGGCAGGGGGAGUGAAAAUGAAGAAGUCAUUUUAUCCCUCUGUUCUUGUUGCUGAAGGAAUGGUAAACUAUCAGAACACGAGGAGAUUCUGAAUCUCUGGUUUUGAUGGGUUAGUGUGCCAAAAUGAGAAAAAAAUACAAAAUCAAAAAAACAACAAAAAAAACAAAACAUGAAAUUAAUUGUUUUUAUUUAUAGUGAAAUAUAGCUGUAGUUAGUCUUAGAUCCUAUUUGGCAUUGAAACAUCCUGCAGUGUUUAGCCUUUUUAUUUCCUUGUUUUAGUUGAACCAUUUUACCCAGUAGGCUGAAUAUGUCUUGUUCAAAAUGGUUCAAGUACUAAAGGGGGCAGGCUUGGACAACCUUCAUUAUGGAUGUCAUGAAAAGGGCAUUACAUUGUUACACUAUUGAAUCUGAGUAGUUUCUACAACAUCGAGCUCCCCCUUUCAUCUGUUUGAGAUUUAAUACAUGUCUUAUAACCAACAAAUACUGUUGUUUUUUGUUUUUUUUUAAUGAGUUGUCCAAUUUUAUAUGGUCCAAAAUUCAAAAGCACACAGCCACAACUGCACGAACAUGGCAUAAUCACUGACUAUUUGAGAAGAAAGACAACAACUCAUUAAACCAAAAGAACUGAUAAAAACAAACCACAGAAAGUAUUAAAACGGGCAUCGUAAUUCUGCUGGUCGGUCCAUUCAAAUUAAAUGUCUAGCUGUCUAGCUGGAUGGGGAAAACCGAAACACUUGAUAACUUCUUAAUCUGAAAUUCUUCUUCUGAGAUCAUACUGAAAACUCAUUCCAUAUGGUCUACAAGGUAGCUGUGCCGUGGAGGGGCGUGAGUAAUUUACUGUAGAUAGCUGCAAAAAGGUGGAGUGUGGGCAUUGUUGAUCACUGUUCCUCUCCGCAUACUGGGACUUUCCUAACUAGGCCUGAUGCUGUAUUUUGAAACUAGCACUUAAAUCAUAUGGGUCCAAGCCAAUAAUUGAUCAUGCUUAGGUCCCUGAAUGUUAGAACAGAUACAUUUGGUUUCACUUUCACUAGAUGGGCAUGUUGUGCUCAACAUGGAGAGGUAAGGAUAACAGAAGCACUGUAAUUUUUCUUCAUGACAGUAGGUGGUAGUGUGAUGCCAGGACUGCUGCAUCAUCUCAAUUUUCUAAAGACAGAUGUCUUCUUUUUAUAUAAUUCUACUGAAUGAGAUUCCAUUCAUGGUAAAUGCAUUGCUUUCCAACUUGUGGUUACAAAAUGUAAAGACUUGGGUCAUUAAGUUUUAAGGUUGACUGUUUGUAGUAAUUCUUGUCAUGGACUACUGUAAUAAGUACGCGCUGUGUAAAGCAAAGGAACUGAAGGCAUAUAGGUAUUUCAUUUUGCCAGCUUCAGAACGUAAUCUGGCAAGUGGUCACUGAAAUAUGUUUCAGCAAAAUAGAAGAUGGUUGCUGUUUGCCCCCGCUGUUACAGGAGAAAGUAAAAAAUAUACAUAGUUUCUUUUUAACUGUAUAGUAUUUUAAAGAAUGAAAAACAUGGUGCAUUUGUCUGAAGAAAAAAAAUCAUUGAAAAAUAUGGGUUUAAAUGGAUGGUGCUUGUUUUGUUAAAAUCUGAGUUGUAUAUCGCCUCUGUUAUGUUUAUUGAAAGCAAACAAAAAAAAGUUAUUGUGCAUGACGUGUUAGCAGUCAUAAUGAUGUCCAUUUGUGAAACGUGUAUCAAAUCAAAAAAUUUAAAAAUUAAAAAAAAAGAAAAGAAGGAAAAAAAAAAAGAAAUUCGUAGAUGCACUUAUUGUACAUGUGGUUAGGUUAGUAUGUUUGACUUCAACUUCUGACUGCCUUACAGAUGUUUGGACAGGUGGUCCCGAAAGACUUAGAAAAGACUUGUCAGAGAAGACAUAAUGAAAAACAAUAAAGGAUUGUAGAAUAAUAUUGAACAAUUCUGAAAUUGCAGUUCUUUUGAUGCUUGUGAUUAUUGCAGAUGUACUUUAGAGAAAUUUCAUUGAAAAGAUAUGACUCUGAUGUUAAUUCUGUAGAAUAGCAAUGUAUACCAAAUGUAAUCUUUCCAAUGCUAUGAAGAAUUUAUACAUGAAAUUGAUAUGCAAUAAAACCUGUGUGCUUUUUAAAUGAGUCCUCCGUUGUUUAUUUGUGGGCUAGAAGUGCCUGAAAUAGUCACUGCUCAGCAAACAUAGGUGACAAUGCUUCGAGCAGCUUCCCUCCACCCAAAGCAGCCACUCUAACCAGUUCAGUCUCCUGUUUGUGAAGCUAAAGGAGAGUGAGAGGCUGAAUCGAGGCCUGGUGUAAGAUACUGUCAAUAAGGUUUAUUUUCUAAAAGAGCAUUUUUGCUUCUUAUUAACAGAACUUACACACAGUAUUAUUUGCCUUGACCUUACUAUGUAAGUCCCUUUAAAUUACUUAUUUUGCUCAUUGUGUGAAAAAUAUUGAAAUUAAUUAUCAUAUAGCUAUAGAAAUUGUUUUUUGUCAUAAAUAUAACCUUCUCACCUUUAACCCAUGGAAAUAAAAAAGUUGAAUUAAGUGUUGGAUGUCCAGCCGAUUGGGCACCUGGAGGAGAUUAACUUUAAAAAAAAAUUAAAAAUAAAAAUUAUUGUAAUUCUUCCCAAAUUGCAGUUUCUGCUGAUUAAAUUGUGUUUAAGAAAUGGCGGUUUCUUUUGUAGUUGUCGAGGUCAAACAAAAAUCUAGAAACCCUUUUAGAUUUAGAUGUAGUUAAAAGUGCAAAACUACUGGGUAGAAAGAAAGAUUUGAUUGACACUGUCGUGCCAGUAAACAAACACGAUCUACAUGAAAAUAUAGUCAGGAGGAAACAUUGCCCAAAGGUUCACAAUCAAUAACUUAUCACCUUUUGAGGAGGAAGGAGGAAGUGUGGAGGAAAAAUGAAACAAAAAAUCAUAAUGUAAGGACAUAUUUUGUUAAAUUUUCUUUUACUGCUGUGGGCUUUACAUUGAGGAUUAUAUUAAGUUUUGGGUUGUUGUUGUUGUUUUUACCCCAAAUCCUUUUUAUAAGCUAUAAGCUUCUUAUAAGCUAUUCUUCUUUGAAAUUUAGUACAUAAAUCAUUCUACAAUUAGGUUAGGAUGUGUUUUAAUUGAGCCAUUAACUCAGUUUAAACACAAGUCCAGCAGGAUUGGAGGUGAAUGGUACAUUCAGGAGAAAUGCAUUCUGUGAUUUGAGGUCCAAGUGCAAAAUAUUAGGUUAAGAGUUGUGAAAUGGAAAAUAGAUUUAAAAGCAGUCAGUAUCAAAGUCAGUUGCAUAAAAACUUUAAAUAAGCAGGUGCUGCAUUGUUAAUGUUGUAAGUUAGUUGGAA